AUGUCAAGCAUUAUUUCCAACGUCCAGCACUUGUCAUUAUUAAAGCAAAACCUGAUAUUGAACAGAUUUUCAGUUGGUUUACUCGACAUUCAUCAUCGAUCAUUAUCGCUUUCCAACUCGUCAUCAUCACUAGAUGCAAAGCGAUCAACCCCUCAACACAAUGCCAAGCACAGUCAUCAAAAGCACUCACACUCUAAACUAAAGCUAAUCAAACCUACUCUCACUCAAGACUCUACAUUGUCAUUCCGUCUACACAAGCCAUUGUCAAGCGUAAACUUUGAACAUGUGAAGCCUCUCUACAAAGCCGAUUAUGAAGCGUUUUCUAAAGCUCUUGCUUUGAACGAUAAAAUUGUUUCAUGGCUUAAAUUUAGAGAUUUGAUUCUAGAUCCACAUCAGCGGAAACGAAUUACAAUAGAAGAUAUUAAGCGGCUUCUCCAGAUUUUGAGCAAGCAGGAUCCACCCAAGUUUCUGGCAAUGGAAGAUGUGAUUCGUACUUGUUCAGAAUUGGGACUACAACCAACUAUAGAUAUGUUUUCGAUACUGAUUCAUGCAUAUGGAUCAGUGGGUAAAAUCGAUUAUGCAAGAGAGACGAUCGUCAAGAUGAAACAUGCUGGAUUUGAACCCACCAUUGACACUUACAACCAAUUCCUGCGCAUUGCCGUCAACUCUGUAAGUAUUGAUUUGGCGACUGAGAUGCUGGAAAAGGCAAUCAAGGAAGGAUAUCCUCCCAAUGCAGAGUCGUACUCGAUUCUUAUGAUGGGGUGUAUUUCUGCUAAACAAACAGAAGCAGCCCAGAGUUUUUACAAUCGUAUGGAAAAAGAAGGAAUUAUACCAACCGCUGCAGUACACAGUCAGGUUGUUAAAAUGCAGGUUAUAAACAAAGAUCUGCAGGCUAUUCAGCGAAUUUUUGAUCGCAUGACUGAGGGAUUUAUUGAAAACGACCCAAAUCUAUGUGCGACACUCAUCAGUGGUUUCUGCCAACUGGAUGACCUAGAAUCGGCUGAAAAGCUAUAUACCUAUAUGCAGACCGUUGGAGUAGUUCCUACACGUGGCAGCUUUGGACCUUUAGUACGUAGCAAAAUCAAUAAUGGGGAGUUGGACAAAGCAUUGGCUAUUCUUCAUACUUCCGACUCUAUGCUAGGUGGUAUAGAUAUUUCACUGCAUUUCGAGUUUAUUGGAUAUGCCAGCCAUGUUGGUCACACUGACUGCGCUCUUGCCCAUACCGAUUUACUUUUAUCGCGUGGUACUGUUCCUACCAUAGGUGUUUUCUGUGCUCUCAUUGAUGGACUUACGGCUCAGAAAAGAUCCAACGAAGCGUAUGCAAUGUUUGAUGAACUGCAAGAAAAAGGAAUUCGUCCGACCAUUGCACUGUACAAUGCAGUUUUAAAAGCAGCAGCAGUAGAUUCUGACAUUUCUAUGAUCCGAAAACUGUGGGGCGGUCUUCAACAUCAAAACAGCUCGAUCGCACCCAAUAAAGUGACGUUUGAAGUAACGCUGGGUGCGUAUGUUGCAGCAGGAGAUAUUAUCUCGGCAAUGUCAACUCUCGACAGCAUGAGCAAGGCUGAACUUCACCCAUCUCCAGAAAUAUACGCUAGCCUUAUUCUGGCAUGUAUUUAUGCGCGAAAGUAUACAGAGGCAUCCAAAGUGAUUGUAAGGAUGCGAAAGAUUGGGCAUACUCAGAAUAUACUCAUGAAACCGAUUUUGCAAAAAUAUCAAUCACAGCUGGAAAACUGCAUUAUAGAAUCUGCCAAAGAGUUUGUCAAGCCUGGUGCGAAUUCAAUCUCAGAAAAGGCAACUGUUGAAGACUCGAAAGAGGCAGCGAAUCUUGCGCAUUCUUAUCUUUUAUCACCACAGUCUGUUUUGAUUGACAAAUUGAAGUCUCAUUGUCAAAUAGUUUUGGAGCUUUAUCAAGAAUUUAGCCAACACAAUCUAGUACUCUGCGAAGAAGCUUUGUGCCAAGUGAUGGUAGCAAACCAUAGAGAAAAUGAUCUAGUCAGUGUAGUCAGGGUGUGGACACAACUUUUUAAAUCUAAAGAGAAUCCCAAAGCAGAAUCUGUAACUAUACUCAUUCAAGCAGCAGCAGAUCUAGGACAAGAGCGUACAGCCAAGGCCAUUCAAGCCAUGAUCGACAAUGACAAACUAGCAUUAAAUAUAGAUGGAUAUCAAGCCCUGCUCAGACUAUUAGCUCGAGGUGGAAUGGGAGAAGAAGUGAUCCAAGCCAUGUUUACCAUGAUGAAAGCAGGACAUUCGCUUACACCCGAGAUAUAUCGAGAUAUCAAACACGCAUUUGCAAUGGCUCGACCUCUCAAUCCCGUUGCACAAAAAGUAGUCGCAGAUUUUGUUGAAGAGUACUUUCCAGAAGUGAUGAUUGAAGAUAUAGCUAAAGAAAAGAAGGAAAGGAGCUUUAGAGUAACAUUACUUCCAGAUUCCAUCAAAGCUGCAUUCACGUAA